AUGAAGCUCUCCUCAACCGCGGGUGCUCUGGUCACCAGCCAGGCGGCCUACGCUGCCUCCGCUAUCGAUUAUAAUGCAGCCCCCCCAAACCUUUCAACUCUGGCCAAUGGCUCUCUGUAUGAUACAUGGAGACCUAGAGCUCAUAUUCUCCCACCAGCCGGCCGAAUCGGCGACCCGUGUGCUCAUUACACUGAUCCCGACACCGGUCUCUUCCACGUUGGCUGGCUGCACAAUGGCAGUGGUAUCUCAGGUGCCACGACCGAUGAUCUGGUCAAAUACCGUGAUCUGAAUCCUAAUGGAGGCCAAAUUAUCAUACCUGGUGGCAAGAACGACCCUGUAGCGGUCUUUGAUGGCUUCGUAUUCCCGAAGGGAAUUGACGACAAGCCCACCCUUUUCUAUACCUCCGUCUCGUCGCUUCCAAUACAUUGGUCGAUCCCCUACCACCCUGGAGCCGAAUCCCAAUCCUUAGCCGUCACAUCCAACGGCGGUCGCAAUUUUACCAAACUUGAUCGCCCACCGGUCAUUCCCCUCCCUCCGUCGGACAGCAAUGUGACCGCUUUCCGGGACCCCUUCGCUUUCCAAAGCCCGGAGUUGGACGCUGCCGCGCACAGUGCCCCGGGUACCUGGUACACCACCGUCUCUGGUGGUGUCCACGAACAGGGCCCUGGUCAGUUCCUCUAUCGUCAAGACCAAAAGGAAAUGAGCCUCGAAAACUGGGAGUAUCUGGGCUUGUGGUGGCAGGAGAAGGUCAACAGCACUUGGGGGAACGGCGAUUGGGCUGGAGGAUGGGGUUUCAACUUCGAGACUGGUAACAUCUUCAGCCUGAACGAUGAAGGUUACAGCCUUGAUGGCGAGAUCUUCACAACCUUGGGCACUGAGGGUUCUGGAGCUCCUAUUGUGUCCCAGGUGUCGUCCAUUCACGAUAUGCUAUGGGCUGCUGGCAACGUCUCUAACAACGGAAAUAUCACUUUCACACCAACCAUGGCUGGUGUCUUAGACUGGGGUGCUUCUGGCUAUGCUGCCGCUGGUCAGAUUCUGCCUGCAACCUCCCAGGUGUCCACAAAGAGUGGCGCUCCCGAUCGUUACAUUUCGUUUGUCUGGCUCACUGGUGACCUGUUCGAGCAGGCCAAAGGGUUCCCACUUUCACAGCAAGACUGGGUUGGUACCCUUCUGCUUCCUCGUGAGCUUCACAUCAAGACCAUUUCCAACGUGGUUGACAAUGAGCUUGCGCGGGAAAGCGGAUCGUCCUGGCGUGUGGAGCGUGGGGAGUCUGGCAUUGAACUGAAGACCCUGGGAAUUGAAAUUGCUCGGGAGACGCGUGAAGCUCUCAUGUCUGGACCGAAGAUCACUGAGCCGGAGCGUACAUCGAAGGAGGCUGGCCUCGUGCCCUUCCAGGUCUCCCCGACUACCAAGUUCUAUGUCCUGACUGCCAAGCUGUCCUUCCCUCGCUCUGCCCGUAACUCUGAUCUCCAGGCUGGCUUCCAAGUGUUGUCAUCUGACCUCGAAAACACCACUAUUUACUAUCAGUUCUCCAACGAAUCGAUCAUCGUCGACCGCAGUAACACCAGUGCUGCAGCAAAGACCACUAAUGGAAUUGUCAGCACCAAUGAGUCCGGACGCCUCCGGUUGUUCGAUCUGCAGGGUGAUACCCAGGAGAUGGAGACUCUGGACCUUACGAUCGUUGUGGACAACGCCGUCCUUGAGGUCUAUGCCAAUGGACGCUUUGCCCUGAGUACCUGGGCUCGUUCCUGGUACAAGAACUCGACUGACAUCAAGUUCUUCCACAACGGUGCGGGUGAAGUGACAUUCAGCGAUGUCACUGUCUCCGAGGGCCUUUUUGAAGCCUGGCCGGAGCGUGUUUAA